CUGGAAACAAUGUGCUCGGACGCCACAUCGAACCACACCACAUCAUAAUGUCCAUUCCGGAGGUGAAGAAGCUCUGUCCCUGUUGCACACCUGGUCUCAAGUCAAACCAGAGUUUGCUGAAGGUCGAUACGGAACUAGGGAAGUUCUACCGUGGUCCAGUCCUCGCGUGGGGAGGAUAUUGCGGCAAAGAUGAUGAGAAGAAAGCCUCGACCCUCGAUCUCGGACCAAUGGAUUUCCGGCAUCUGGUUGAUGAACUGAGAUUAGGUUAUAGCUUCAACGAAGAAGCGACUCGAACCCUCAUGCACAGCAAAGACAUCUAUGCAGUGCGUCUCAACUGCGAAGGCGACCAGCGCUUCCUUCAACGUCCGACCAUGGAAGCUGUCUAUGAGCAGUCUUUAGUUCUCUUCACCGAGUCACAAGUUCGCACUCCCGUGGCAGAUCGAAUUGGUAUCCCUCUCAUCGUCUACAAAGCCAAGCCAGCCCCUGUAUGGCGUGAUCGAAACCUUCACGCACGCAUGAAGAACCACAAGGCUCGGAUGUUGAAUCCACCUGAACAGUCUGCAGAUACCGGCUCCCUAAUCUUGGUUCGCAAGGAUGGCAAGCCGUUGCACCCCACGCAUGUCCAUGCUUUGAUCAGCUACACGGCAGUUAAGCUGGUCGAUCCUACUCGCUCCCCGGACGCGUGCAUCACUGCUGAUAUUCUGCACGCCGAUCGUGUUGAUCAAGUGUCAAGGGAGGAUUUUGAGCACUGGUAUCACGACGCAUGGCAGAAGUAUCCGCUCCACAGCCGGUUUGUUCCGUCGCCAUUCGACAUUCAGGAGGACUUUCACGAUCCUGCGCCAUCUAUCAGUUUCCAGAUAUGAACAAAGGUGUUUGUCCAGAUGAAGUAACGAUAUGGUAAUAUACAAGCAAGGAUGAUAUCAGGAUGAGCUUCUGAUGGUCUGUGUGUCGAGGUUGACCCUUUUAAUGUUAUUCCACACACGUACACUGUGUUGCUCUUGUGGCUGCGAACGAACAGAGUGGUCAUGUCAUCGAUCUUUUUUUCUUUCACUCAUCUUUCCAAAAUCAGGUCGUCGUGCGGAAGUAACAUCACAAAAUGAGUAUAUGGAACGUUCACCGAAGCAGCGUGUGUUCGAACAUAUGAAGGAG